AUGACUCCUAAAACUCGCAGACCUUCACUGCUACUACAAAUGAAGUGUGUUCCCAAAUUUGGUCGUAUCAUUGUGAAACGAACGAAAAUGUUGAAGAGGCAUGGGAAAGUGAAAACGACGAGUAAACCACGUCCGGUUAGUGCUGAUUUUUUGCGAAUCAAUGACUGUUGGAAGGAAAACGGUGAGCGCGACGGCACGCGGCAUUCCGUCGACGGACGAGUCGCGCCGGACGAUAAGGCGAAGGUUUCCGCGGCUCUCGUCGUCUGA